CAGGGCGGGCGCCGCCAUGGCCGACAACGGCCCGCCGGACGCCGGCAUCGUGCAGGUGCUGCAGGACCUGGCCAACCGCCUGCGCAUCCAUUCCAUCAGGGCCACGUGUGCCUCCGGCUCCGGCCACCCCACGUCGUGCUGCAGCGCCGCCGAGAUCGUGUCGGUGCUCUUCUUCCACACGAUGAGGUACAGGCAGACGGAGCCGCAGCACCCCGACAACGACAGAUUCAUCCUCUCCAAGGGCCACGCAGCGCCACUCCUCUACGCCGCCUGGGUGGAGGCGGGCGGCGUCGACGAACCCGACCUGCUGAACUUGAGGACAAUCCACUGUGACCUGGAGGGGCAUCCCACCCCCAGACUGCCGUUUGUCGAUGUGGCGACAGGGUCACUGGGGCAGGGGUUGGGGGCCGCGUGCGGCAUGGCUUAUACCGGCAAGUACCUGGACAAGGCCGGCUACCGCGUGUUCUGCCUCAUGGGCGACGGCGAAUCUUCGGAAGGCUCUGUCUGGGAAGCGUUGGCCUUUGCUUCCCACUACAGUUUGGACAAUCUUGUGGCAGUCUUCGACGUGAACCGCCUGGGACAAAGUGGCGUCACGCCCCUGAAGCACUGCACAGACGCCUAUCGGAGUCGCUGCGAGGCCUUUGGGUGGAACACUUACUUAGUGGAUGGCCACGAUGUGGAGGCGUUGUGCCACGUGUUUUGCCAAGCAGCUCAAGUGAAGAACAAGCCCACUACCAUAGUUGCGAAGACCUUCAAGGGCCGGGGGAUUCCAAACGUUGAGGAUGCAGAAAAUUGGCAUGGAAAGCCAAUGACAAAAGAAAGAGCAGAGGAAGUCAUCAGACUCAUUGAGAGUCAGAUCCAGACCAAUCGGAAUCUCAUUCCAAACCCCCCUGUUGAAGGUUCCCCUCAGAUCAGCAUCACAAAUAUAAAGAUGAGCUCUCUGCCUGAUUAUAAAGUGGGCGACAAGAUAGCGACUCAGAAAGCAUAUGGUUUGGCUCUGGCUAAACUGGGCCGUGCAAAUGGGAGAGUUAUUGUCCUGGAUGGUGAUCCAAAGAACACCUUUUGUGAGAUAUUCAAGAAAGAACACCCCGAGCGUUUUAUUGAGUGUUUCACUGCAGAACAAAACAUGGUAAGUGUGGCGCUGGGCUGUGCCACACGUGGUCGAACCAUCGCCUUCGUUACUACCUUAGCUGCCUUUUUGACCCGAGCAUUCGAUCAGAUCCGGAUGGGAGCCAUCUCUCGAACCAACAUCAAUCUCAUUGGUUCCCACUGCGGGCUGUCGGUGGUUGCGGAUGGACCCUCCCAGAUGGCCCUCGACGAUCUAGCCAUGUUCAGAAGCAUUCCCAAUUGCACUGUUUUCUAUCCGAGCGAUGCGGUCUCAACAGAGCAUGCUAUUUAUCUGGCUGCCAAUACCAAAGGAAUGUGCUUCAUUCGAACCAGCGGACAAGACACCGCAGUUAUUUAUACCCCAGGAGAAAAUUUUGAGAUCGGACAGGCCAAGGUUGUCCGCCACAGCAGUAAUGACAAAGUCACAGUUAUUGGCGCUGGAGUUACCCUGCAUGAAGCCUUAGUGGCCGCUGAUGCUCUUUCUCAACAAGGUAUUUCUGUCUGUGUCAUUGACCCGUUUACCAUUAAACCCCUGGAUGCUGCCACCAUUAUCUCCAAAGCAAAAGCCACAGGUGGCUGGGUUAUCACGGUGGAGGAGCACUGCCAAGAAGGGGGCAUUGGGGAAGCUGUAUGCGCGGCUGUCUCGGGGGAGCCCGGCAUCCACGUUCAUCAGCUGGCAGUGUCCGCAGUGCCUCCAAGUGAGAAACCUAGUGAAUUGUUAGAUACGUUUGGAAUCAGCGCUAGACACAUCAUAGCGUCUGUGAAAAAUACUUUAAUGAACUAAAAUAGGCGAUUUCUUUAAAAGUCCGUCUGUUGGCAUGAGCCU